AUGUCGUCGGAAGCCAAGCCGACGAAGAGCUCGCGGUCCAAAUCAGGCUGUGUUACGUGCAGAGCGAGAAAGAUUCGAUGCGACGAGCGGCCUGGGGUAUGCUUGAAUUGCGACAGACUCGGUCUGCCGUGUACGGGCGCGGCGGGCUCUCCUGCUGCGCAAGGCUCGCCGCCUGAGCGAGACGCGUCGCGGAGUCCUGCGUCCGCGGCGGCCACCAGUCGCAAGAGGAAACGCACAUUCCGAAGCUGUGUUAAUUGCAGGAGCACCAAGACCCGGUGCUCGGGGGAUCAGCCUGCCUGUGCGCGUUGCAAGGAGAAGGGGCUCCAGUGCGUCUACGAAGACAAUUCCGAGCCAGCGUGGAGGCAGCAAUUGCGCUUCUCCCUCGGUCAGCCAUCUCCGGGAAGCAACAAUGAAGGCAACGGGCCCAACGAAAGCGCUCGUGGUAGUGCACGGCCGGAAGCUCAGGAGCAGAGAGAAACGCCUCCUGGAUCAUGGCUGGAGUCAUGGCACUUGCCCCCCAACUACCGUGUGCGAAUGCUGGUAGAGCGAUACUUCACCAACAUCCACCCAUUGAGGUGCUUCGGCUUCCUGCAUAAGCCGUCUUUCAUCCAACGACUGGACACGGUCGAUACUAGAGGAUGUGAAGAUGACGCCCUUCUCCUCAUCGUAUGCUCACUUGGGGCUCUCUUCUACGCAAUUGAACACCAGCCUACCGAUCCGCCGAAGAAGAUACUCGCGGCUGGUAGUCAGUGGGCUAAGCGAUCACAGCAAUUGAUUCUGGCACAGCUCAACAGCAUCAGCGUGGAGAACCUGAUGGCUGCCAUCCUCUUGCAUGAAUAUGAGCUGCGAAUGGCGAACUUUGGAAAUGCAUUCAUGCUCUCCGGAUUGACGGCACGCAUGGCUCAAGCACUUCAGAUCAAUCUCGAGCACUCCACCGACAUUCUCUGUCAAGACGCACAAUCCGGCCCCGGAGCGAGCACAAAAGAGUCACGAAGACGGCUGAUGUGGUGCUGCUACGUGUCUGACUCGCUCAUCGGCAACGGCAUUGAUCAGCUCACCCUGAUCAAAGAGGCCGACAUCAAGAUCCAGCUGCCAUGCACCGAACGGAACUUUGUCCUACAGGCGCCCUGCAUUACAGAAGUGUUGGAGCCGGGGCAGUUCUUGAAAUUCAUCACACCCGAGUCUCUUCCCUCGUAUCCCCGAGACAACAUGGGUAUCCGAGCGUACUAUCUCCGCUACAUUGCAAUUCGUCGGAGGGUUCUCAAAUACAUCAAACACCUCGAUGUUGCUCAAAUGCCGUGGCUUGCACACUCCGAAUUCGCCCAGCUCGAUGCGGAAAGCCGAGCGUGGUACGAAUCGCUGCCAGAGAGUCUCCAAUUCACUCCGAGCUCGGUGUACAUUCGCCGCGAGACCACGCAGUUGGGAGCGCUAUGUGCCCUCCACUGGAUGUACCAUCUCAACAUGUGCGAUUUGUAUCGCAUUGGAGCCCCUACACUGUACAAACUUAGGAAUGCAUUCGUCUAUCCUCCAGAGCAGGCGGAUUUCCAGCAUCACCUGCAGGACGAACUCUUCGGACACGCUCGAAAGGUGGGCAUCAUCGCCGCCGAAGCGUUCCGGAACGGCCCACAUGCUCUUGCGGACUCCUGGGCGCCCACAGUCGUGUACGAGUGCUGUCGUGUCAUGCUGUUCUAUCUGACUCAGCUCAUCGACCCGGCGGCGGAGAACAGUCAAGUGCUUCUGGCGGAAACGAUUCCACUGAUCAGAACCAACGUCAAAGCUUUGAAGAUGAUGAAGUCGAUGUACGCCGUGGCCGAUCUACUCACGACUGCGUCCGAAAAGCUGCUGGGGAAGGUGGGCUUCGGCACUGAUGCCUCACAGUCCGGCCAGAGCAACGGCGCAGACGAGCCGUAUGAGCUCGGCGAGUCGGAUGACGAAGAGCAUUCGGUGGAGGGAACUCCGGUUCAGAGUGCUCCGGAUUAUGUGCUCGCACCACUCUCGAUCUAUCGCAUGGCACGGAAGGGGAUACCGGAGAAGCAUGCUCCCGAACGACAGCGAAAUCCCAUCCCCGGCACCGCGCCUGGGCGAUUAAACCUGCAGAGACGCUCGACGCUUCAGCACGUUCCGACAUAUGACGGCGAUCAGGUGCAAUCGGGGUCCGCGGGCGGAGGUUCUUAUGGUGGACAACAACAACCCGGCUUUGACGAUCUGCUGUCCUUGUUCACCAGCGAUCCAGCAGGAGGCACGUGGCAGCCAUUGGAGACGGCAAUAGCGUCGCAGCAGUCGAACGGAGUGCCGCCGUGGGAGCCGACGUAUUCGGAGCAGCCACUGGACGCGUGGGUCCCGAUGUUUUCGUCUACGCAGCACUUUGGGUAG